AUGAGAUCAACAACCCUUCUAGUGCUUCUUUGCGCUAGCAAAGCCGUAUUUGCGCAAGUCAACUUAUACUGGGAAGACUUCACGGAGAAAGGUGCUAGCAGCGCAUGUAAUACUGCGCUUCUUGCGGCGAUAUCUUCGUGCCCAGAUGAACUUGCUAGCGAACCUAACUCGCAAGAAUUCGAUGAAACCGUCUUGACAUCUUUAUGUUCGACUGCUUGCGGUAACAGUUUGAACGCCUAUAUCAACAAUGUGCGAACCGCCUGCGGAACCUGGGUUUAUAUCGACGGGGCCACGACUCUUGCAUAUUCAGCUGUAUCGCUAGCCAAUUACUACGCCUACGGACGAACUUUGAAUUGUAUAAAGGAUGCGCAGGGCAGUUGGUGCGCCAAAUCUACGAGUGAAAUUACACCCGCUCCGACUGGAGUUGCUGCAUUGUGUAAAGAAUGCCUCCUGAAGAACCAGCAAGCCGUCCUGAACUCUGAAUUCGGCUAUGAGGACUCCUUGAAUGCGGACUUCUCAGCCAUCAAAUCCAGUUGCUCUGUGACUGGAUACCCAAUCAUUAAACCGACGCCCGUAAUACUUAAUAGCACAACCACGUUUCCUGAAGUCACUCCAACAUGUUUGGGAACCACGAUCCCGAUCCCUGCUGGAGCAAACUGUACCGAUAUAUCCUCGCAGAACCGUAUUAGCACUCUCAAUUUGCUGCAGGCAAAUAACAUCGGGGAGGGCUGCGGCGAUUUCCCCACCUCUGGCAGUUUAUGCCUACCUGAUAUUGGACGAUGCAACGUCUACCGGGUCAAAGCGAAUGAUACCUGUAAUAGCGUCGCUUAUGGCCUGAACCAGGGUGUCACCGCGGUUAUGCUCCAAAGCUGGAACCCCGGUAUUGAUGCCUGGUGCCGAAACUUCGAUGGCGGCUAUUUUAUUGGUCAAGAUAUCUGUGUCAGCAAUCCAUAUGGUCCGUUUACCAUUCCGUCAAUAACCGAUCCGGGAACCUCCCAGAUAUCUACUGCUUCUACUGUUGUCCCGAUUCCGACGAGCUUAGCACCCGAUGUCAACACCCGAUGCGGAAGGUAUUAUCAAGUCGCUCUCGGAGAUAAUUGCAAUCUUGUCGUCCAGAGGAACGGUAUUUCCAUGGAAGACUUUAUCUUCUUGAACCCAAUGAUCAACUCGAAUUGCACGAAUCUGUGGGCGAAUUAUAACUACUGUAUCUUGCCCGUGGGAACAAUCACAACAUAUAGCGGACAUCCUCUGAGUAUUGAGACUAAUACCGCCCCGCCAACUACAUUCAACUGGGACUCGCUAACCACGACUACUGAGGGUCCAGUAGCAACUGGAAGCCCGAUGCCACUGGCUAACGGAACCCGUCUUGAUUGUGCAUACUACUUUGGUAGUGGCGAGUACUCAAAGAGCUGCGCAGACGCAGCAGCCCAGUACGGAGUCAAGCAGGAGGAUAUUGAACAAUGGAAUCAAGCAUUGACGCCCGGCGAAACUUGUUCUUUCGCCAUUGGCUACCAGUAUUGUGUUUCAAUUGGAGAUCUAGCACUACCCGAGAAAGAGGAGGGAGGACCCAUCCCGGCGCCCGGCCCUGUUCAGGAAGGCGUUGUUUCCCCCUGCUUCCAGUGGGCGAAAAACGUCAAGGAUACUUGUGUCAACUUCGUAAAUAAGAAAGGCAUAUCGCUAGCCCACUUUAAGGAAUGGAACCCAGCAGUCGGCUCUGAUUGCCAGAAUCUCUGGACGGACACUUGGUAUUGCGUGUGGGGUCCAGACUACGAUGGCAAUGAUGCAUGGCCGCAGACUGGAGAACUUGUCACUACUUUGAUCCCCUCACCUACGUCGACAACCUCCAGGUCCACAACCACGACCCCGAAUAUUCCCGGUCCAACACGAGAAGGAACUGCAGCAAACUGCAGCAAAUGGGCCUUAUCCAACACCUCAUGCGCGAACAUCCUCUCGCAAAAUGGAAUCACAAUCGCACAGUUCUAUGCUUGGAACCCUACCGUGGGCUCGGACUGCGCUGGUAUGUGGGCGGACUAUGCCUAUUGUGUUGGUGUCUCCGGAACAUCGACGACCACUUCCCGAACUACGACAACCACUACUCCCGGAACUACUACAACAACAUCAAGAGUGACCACCACAAGCUCCGGCGCUAUUCCUGGUCCUACCAGAGAAGGAACCAUAUCAACUUGUAAUAAGUGGCGGCUGUCGGACACGAGCUGCGCCAACAUCCUCUCCCAAGCAGGCAUCACCAUUGCUCAAUUCUACGCAUGGAACCCUACUGUAAAUUCAGACUGCACAGGCAUGUGGCCUGAUUAUGCUUAUUGCAUCGGCGUUUCUGGCGCAACGACAACUACCAGCAGGGUUACUACAACAAGCUCAGCGGCUAUACCCGGCCCGACCCGUGAUGGUACCGCGACAAAUUGCACUCGGUGGAGACUUGCUACGGGUAUAACAUGCGCGGGUAUUCUCGCAGAAGCCGGCAUCACCAUAGCCCAAUUCUAUCAAUGGAAUCCCUCCGUAGGUUCGGAUUGUAGUCUUAUGUGGGCAGAUUACGCCUAUUGUACACGUGUUGGAUAA